UUGUAGCUGUUUGUGAGAAAUCAAUCUAGACAAAUACCAAGAUAUAUUUUGAACAAAGUAUAGUGAAGUAAAAUGCCAGGGAAGUGCUCUUUGGAGCACGGUGGUAGAACCGGGACUCAGGUGAUUACAGUCCUAUGCUGCACUAGUGCUCACUGUGACUGUCUUCCUCUGACAAAUAUCUGAAGUAGAUGUCAAGCCCCUCACAAUGACACUCAAGAUAACCAUGCCAGGAAAACAAAGUGGGUCUACAUUCUCUCAGCUGAGACUCUUUCUUUGUUUCCUGAUGUAUUGCUGGGGUCUAGCUGAUCCAGCAUGUGGGUACUUCCUGAAAAACUGCACAAUCCGGGGUAAUCUCAGUGACCCCUCUGACAUGAAAGUACUCUGUUAUAACAGGAAUCUUGAAGUCAUACCUAUAGCUAUUCCGCGGAAAGUAAGCAAUUUAGACUUGGCCAUGAAUAACAUUUCCAAGAUCGAAAAGUUGGAUUUUAAAGGCCUAUCAAACCUAAAAUUUCUAAACAUGUCCAGAAACCAGAUCUCUCAAGUGGACGAUGGGGCUCUUGGACACCUAGAGGCUCUUCAGGAACUGGGUUUGGCUCAUAACAGACUCACAACCCUGUCAGACCAUUUGUUUCAGGGCCUGGCCAACCUCUCCCUGCUACAUCUGGACAACAACCUCAUUGCAACCAUCAGCUCCUCAUCCUUUCAGCUUCUCUCCAGUUUGAAGACAGUGAAUUUAACCAAUAACAACCUUGAGAAUAUGAAGGAAGUUCAGCCCAUCGUACAAUUACCACACUUACAUGAGUUGUACAUUGGGAGCAACAGAUUCACCUCUUUCCAGUCACAGGAAAUAUCAAACACGUCUAUAGAGCUGAGGCUGUUGGAUUUAUCCCGGAAUCCAUUGGGAAUCUUCAGGAUCACGGCAGAUGUUCUUCCUUACCUUGAGGUGUUAGACAUCGCCUACUGUGGCCAACUUGGACACAUGGAAUGGGAUGUGCUGGACAGGUCUUUUCUGAGAAACGUCAAUCGUCUCAACUUGAGCGGCAUUGAGAUGUCUUUCGAGAGGAUGGGUAUGGUACUGCAGACUGUCAACUCCUCAUUAGUCCAUCUGAGAUUGCAUGACCUCGUCAACAGCUCAAGGCUCAAGAUCAAGGCUCUCACUGAUAUUGCCUGCCGUAUACCUACACUCAGUGUGCUCCGGCUAGAAUAUAACAACAUAGGUAAUCUCUCUGAGGAAUUUCUGCAGUCAUGUAAACACCUGACAGAAGUGGACAUAUCAGAUACUGGUCUUACUCAGCUGUCUGACUUUUCAUUCAGAUCAAUAGAGCAAUUAAGUGCUUUGAUACUGGGCCACAAUAGGCUUUCUUUCAUGCCAAAGGCCACAAGAAAUCUACCGACACUGAAGAUCCUGGAUCUCAGCUUCAAUAUCAUCAAUAAACUAGGCUGCUCAGAUUUCUCCAAUCUUACAGAACUCACACAACUCAUUAUUUUCCACAAUCAAAUCCCCAACCUUCCGGCAUGUGUUUUCCAGGAUUUGAAAGAAUUAAGGAUCCUUAAAAUGGGAUCAAACAAAAUCCUGACCUUGAAUGAUGCAUUCAUGAAUGCUUUGCACAAACUUGAGAUGAUGAACUUGGCAGGCAAUAAACUGAGCUCUAUCAGAAAAGGAGAGUUUAAAAGCUUAACAUCACUCAAGACUUUACUUUUAUUUGACAAUCAGAUUGCCAGCAUGGAAGAUGGAGCCUUUGAGGGAUUGGUCAACCUUACAGAACUUAACCUGGGCUCAAAUAAGAUCACUCAAAUAGACAUAAGAAAUACUGUGCUCACGGGACUCCCACUCUUAAAAAGUCUUGAUAUAUCCUGUAAUUACAUCACAUAUGUAAAUGAUGAUAAACUAAACCCUCCACCCUUCUCUCAUCUGACAUCUCUGGAGAACCUCAGGAUAUUUAGUCAGCGUCACAAGGGAUUGUCUCAUCUACCAAUCAACUUUCUGGAAGGACUGAAAUAUUUAUUGUCAUUCCAGGCAGGGAGUCUUAAUAUUAAGGAGCUGUACCCAGGCACAUUCAUUUACACACCCCGGUUGUGGUUUCUUGAUAUCAGUAAGAAUGAGUUCACAGCCCUCACUCCAAAGCUGUUUCACCCAAUCCCAAGGCUCAACAGCCUGUACCUGUCCAAAGCCCGACUUCAGUCCUUAGAUUUCCUCAUAGGAGCAAACCUCAGUAGAGUCACUUUACUGCAGGUGAGCAAGAACGACAUAACAGUAGUCAAUGAGACAGUGUUGCGUUCUCUCCCUGCCUUGACAUACCUGGACAUGCAAGAUAAUGCUUUCACCUGUGGCUGCAGCGAUGCUUGGUUUGUCCAGUGGAUAGAGAGCGACAACCAAACACAAGUUGUUGGUGCAGGAGAAUUUACCUGCAACUAUCCUGCCGAUCUAAAGGACACCAAGCUGUUGGAUGUUGAGCUUCAGUUCUGUAUAGUACACUUAGGACUUUACUACUACAUCUCUACCACUUGUCUGGUCCUCCUCACCCUGAUAGCAUCCUUUGCCUACCACUUCCUGAAAUGGCAGGUAAUUUACGGCUAUUACCUCUUCCUGGCUUUCCUCUAUGACACCAAGCAAAGGAAUAAGCACACGCCUCAUGGCUGUCAGUACGAUGCCUUCAUCUCCUACAACGCCCACGAUGAGCCCUGGGUCCUGAGGGAGCUUCUGCCAGAGCUGGAGGGAGAGCAGGGCUGGAAGCUGUGUCUCCACCACCGGGACUUCCAGCCAGGCAAACCAAUCAUAGACAACAUUAUGGACGGCAUCUACGGAAGCCGCAAGACCAUCUGUGUGAUCAGCCGCCGCUACCUGGAGAGUGAGUGGUGCUCCCGGGAGAUCCAGGUGGCCAGCUUCCGGCUCUUUGAUGAGCAGAAGGACGUCCUGAUUCUGGUGUUCCUGGAGGAGAUCCCUACCCACCAGCUGUCACCCUACCACCGGAUGAGGAAGCUGGUGAAGAGACGCACCUACUUGAGUUGGCCCAGAGCUGGGGAGCACACUGGGGUCUUCUGGCAGCAACUACGGCUGGCUUUAGAGACCAAGGACGGCUCUUCUGAGGAAAAUCCCAUCCUCUCUGGGGUGCAGGCUCUGUGACUGUGACACCUUGUUUUGAAACAACCGUCACACUCUGAACCUUUUCUUUACAUCUGCAUGAGAAUAUCAUUAAGAAAUGCUUACACAUAAUUACCAGUUCAUGAUCACAUUUACCUGUAAGACUUUUUUUUGCUUGUCAUACUGUAGAAUUACUUAUCUGUAUGUAUUACUUGAUUUUUCCUGUAUCUUAAUUAUCUAAUGAAUGAAUGCAAUAUAAUCAUACUAUUUCAGUUUCUUUGUAUCUUUUUAAUUUAACUCAUCUCUGUCAUAUAAAAAUGUUAAACAAUAAUGUGAUAAAGUAUGAUUUGAACCUUAAAAAACAUUGUUUGGGUGACUUGUGAGUUGUGGUGUCAAGUUAAAGUAACUGCCCCGUGUUUCCAGAUUCCUAUGAAAUAUGACCUACAAUAAAUUCCAAUAUGAGAUAAAUAGUUUUCCUUCCACAUUUUUUAAAAUGAGGUAUGUUUAUAUGCAGAUUGUCUGUGUUAGUUACCCCAACACAACAUAAUGGUUUUGGCAUAUACCAAUCAUUACAAAUAUUAAUGUGAGUAGAGGAAAUAGCAAGCAUUUUUGAAACGGUCUGUUUGAGAUUAAAAUUUAA